GAAUAGAGUAAGGGGUGGUGGUGGUAAGGAGUGGCGGUUAAAUCAUCGAAUUUCCCAAAAUUUAGCAGUUCCAUACGUCAUCUAAAUAUUACUUUUCUCGGCUUGGACGAAGCCGCUUUUUGGAUCAAAUGUUUAUAUUUGUUUAAUAAUGAAAUUGGAGAGAACAAUAGAAAAGAAACUACAGUGAUGCUCAGUGUAGCCGUGUGUGGAUUCUCGAGGCACUCUUCAUCGAUCCUCGUACAACUCACGAGGCAGACUUUCUAGAGUGCAAUGAAAUGCAUAAAAGGAUUGAAAGUGGCUUCUUAAAUCGACCGCCGUCCGCAACUCGGAUUUUCGUCUUCAGGAAAAUUGAUACAAUUUCUACGGGUUGAACCCCAUCCCCUGGAUGAAUAUGGUGCAAGCUGUAAAUGGUGCAAUCACUGCCCAAUCUCCGUUGAGAGUAUAGGAAUCACAGCUCUGAAGAGUUAUCAGAAAGGCGGCAAGCAUAAUCAAGCAGCUAAAGCAUAUGAAAAAAUUGUGCCUUUGAUAAAUCAAUGGGUUCUCAAACCCGAAACUCUGUCUACAAAAGAUUCAGAACCUUCAACCUCUAAAUCUGCAAAUGUUCCACUCGUCGAUGAUCGAUCUUCAACCGGAUUCGAAAAACUCAAACAGAUUCAACGCAAGGCUCAGUUUCUCAGCUCCUCCCAAACGGUCAUCAAAAAAAGACGCUUGAUUUCUUUUUAAUGAAAAAAUCCACGGCUAUAGCUGAGAUAAGCUGGUGUUUGCAGGCUGUAAUUACACAUCGUUCCUUUCGCGAUGCUGAAACUGACUGCACUUUGAUGAAAGCAAAUUUUCCCGAUGAAAAAAUUGCGGAAAAUAUGAAACUGAAGAAAGAUAAGAUUUCUUACGGCGUAACAUUUGGUUUGGGUCUUUAUUUUCGAUCUGAACUGAACGAAAAGAUAAAAAACUAUUAUUUUUGCGUGGUUGGUUGCGACGAAUCUCUGAACAAGUACUCCCAAUCGCAGCAAAUGAACAUUACAGUAAGAUAUCGGGAUUCACAAGAGAGCGAGGUCAAAACGCGUGGGAUUCACACUCUUCACGAUUCUUUCAAAACUGGAAUAACUGCAACUAACUGGAAUUUGAGUGAUCUCUUCAGAGCUUUGUACAAUUUCUUCAACGAUGUUCCUAUUCACAGAGGAGAUUUCAUUCGGAUUACAAAUUGCCUGCAGUUCCCAUUGAAAUUUUGCAACAUCAGAUGGAUUCAAAAUGCACCUGUUGCGCAGAGAACUUCUGGGAUUUUGGAAUCAAUCCAAAACUUCUUCGAUUCUUUUAAAAAUCAACCAAAAAACCAUCAUCUAAAGUACAACAAUUUCGAGAUUGCACGAAAAUUGGUGAAAGACAAUCUCCUUCCUGCGAGACUGGCAUUCUUUGAAAUGUUUGCAAGGGAUAUCGAACCAUUUCUUGAUGAAUUUCAGAGUGAUAAGCCAUUGACUCGAUUUCUUCACACUGCUUUGUAUCAGAUCGUUCACACUACAAUGACUCGCAUCGUAAAGAAAGAAGUUUUGGACUCUACGCCCAUCAAAGACAUCGAUAUGAAUGAUAAUAAAAAUCUCAAGAUAAACAACGAUGUUGACGUAGGUUUCGGCGCAAGGAAAUGUUUGAAAUCCAAAUUUGUCGCAGAAAGAUAUUCUUCUAUUUCAGCAAGAUUGUAAACAAUACUUCCAAGUUUUCAUAUCCAAACUUUUCGACCGGUCUCUAUUGAAAUAUCCAUUGGCAAGAGCAAUAGCGUGCAUUGAUCCGGCUAUAGUUGGAAUUGGAGGAGAAAAACAUUUCAAACGAGCGCUCGAAAUCGUCGUCAAAAAUAAUCUUUUGAUUCCCAAAAUGGCUGAAUCUGUUUCCCACGGCAAAGCUGCAGUCGAAAUGGGGUUUUCUGUCAACAAAGAAUGCCUUGUGGAAAAUCAAAAAGAAGCAUCUUAGAUUGCCCAGCGUCACGCUUAUUGCGCUGUUACGGAACGUGGUUUUAUUUUAAAGACGGAGAUUAAUCAGUCCAUGGUGCACGCAUUUCAAAACUCUCCUAGCAGAUACACUGAAGUACUCAAGGAGCAAGGACAAAGAAGAAAAAAAGUUGUUGAAGAAGAAAAGAAAAGAGAAACAGCCAGGAAGUUCAAGAACUGGAAAAGAAAAAAAGCGGCUUUGGAUAACGAAUUGAACGUGUUAAUUGAAGAAAUUGAGAGAAAAAGAACAAAAAUUAACGUGAUAUUCGAAACUGUUAAAUGAAAAUGCUCCUUUCAAGUAUCAAUGUGAUCUUUCUAUCGAUGAGUAUGUGAUAAAAAUUAAAUAGAUAUUACAUAACUAUAGUUAAACGAAGAUACUAAAGUUGUGCGAAAUGUACGAGAAUAUUUUGGCCUACCCAGUAGACACCCUGUAUAAUUUCAUGAUGAAGAAAAAAGUAAAUUUAUUUUAAACAUUAAUAAACUUUUAUUAUACAAAUUAUAGC